ACUACCUUGGUGUGGAGGGUGCAGCCGGAAUCUGCGCUGUCAGUGAGCGUCCAGCCGGUUCCUCUACCCCGCGCGUGUCCGCGCCAUGGCCGCCCCGCCGCAGCUGAAGACUCUACUCCUGGCGGUAAACGCACUGCUGCGCAAGCGCCGCUACCACACUGCGUUGGCCGCGCUUAAGGGCUUCCGGAACGGGGCAGUCUAUGGAGCCAAAAUCCGGGCCCCUCAUGCUCUGAUCAUGACCUUUCUCUUCAGGAGCGGCAGCCUCCGGGAGAAGCUGCGGGCCAUUCUGCAGGCCACCUACACCCACUCCUGGAACCUGGCCCGCUUUGUUCUCACCUACAAGGGUCUCUGCGCCCUACAGGCCCACCUGCACGGCCACACCUACCAGGUGCACUCGUUCCUGGCUGCCUGCCUGGGCGGCGUGCUCGUGUUCGGGGAGAACAACAACAUCAACAGCCAGAUCAACAUGUACCUGACAUCACGCGUCCUGUUUGCCCUGUGCCGCCUGGGCGUGGAGAAGGGCUACAUUCCUGAGCCCAGGUGGGACCCGUUCCCUCUGCACACCGGAGUGAUCUGGGGGAUUGUGCUGUGGCUCUUCGAGUACCACCGGCACACACUGCAGCCCUCGCUGCAGUCCUCCAUGACCUACCUCUACGAGGACAGCAACGUGUGGCACGACCUCUCGGACUUCCUGCUCUACAACAAGAGCCGCCCUUCCAAGUAAAGCGGCCUGGGGUGCCUCUGGGGGCUCCUCCCCUGACUGGCUCCGGGCAGUGUCCAGCUGUGCCUGGAAGUCUGGCUCCCUGCGCACACCCUCCCAGGGGACCCUGCCUUCUCCCAAGUCAUGGGCCUCACACUCCAGCUUGAGUCAGCUCAGGGUUCCAGCUGCCAAAGUAAAAGCACUGCUGUUCCCACUAGGUACUUUUGAAUGGUACAAAAAGUGGCAGAAUCCACCUGAGGAGUCUUGGGCUUGGAUCCAGCUGUGCUGCUAAACUGGGUGAGACCACGGCGAGUCACAGCUGCUCUGGGCCUCGGGUCCCGGAGCUCGAGGAAUACCUUGGAGGAGGUUCUCUUCCUAGUGGGCGUGUUGGGUCUUCCACUGUUCUUAGGUAAUACGGGGCUCCUUGCUCGUGGGCUGUGGGUUGCAAAUGCUUAAGAAAAUUAAGUUGCUUGUCUCGUAUGUUGUACUGAAGAGGUGCUAAACCUCACUGUCUAAAAGAAACACAACGUGAGCCACGUGUGCAAUUAAAAUUUUUCUAGGGCUGG